CUGUGACCCUGCCAGGGUCAGGCGGGACCGCGUACUGACAGCUCCACAAGGGCCAAGAGAUGUCUUUGCAACUACCAUGAAGGUGCGGGAGUGGGAAGGGUGCAGAUGUGUGACCGUGAGUGUGUCCCUGGGUGCAUCCUGCUUGGUGGACUGGCUGCUGGAAGAAAGGAACUACCUGACAAUGGAAACAACUGUGUUUGAGUUGUGCUACUUGGAGGACUAGAUGCCCAGCACUCAAGAGGCUGGGGAUUGAUGGGAGGGGCAUAACCAGGCCCACUAGCCGGGCAUAUCCAUCCCACCUUUUGGCCAUUGAUGUCAAGCCUGUCUCACUCGGUGUAUCCCCUUUCCGGUGAGUCUCUGCUGGGCCUGUACUGGCUGCUUCAGGAAACAUUCCAGAGUUCCCUUGCUAAGUCUUUAUCUCCAGCACAGGCUCUUCCUCCUCAAGGAAGCAACUUUUGGCUGCUGAUUGAUCUUGAAUCCUUCCAGUUCUCUUCUGUACAGAUGAAGCCCAUAUACACUUUCCCCUGGCAUUCAAAGUACAAACCUUUGGGCGUUGAAGCCUUGAUCUUAGCUUGGAUGUUACUUGGAGGGGCCAGCCAGUAUCUAGCUGGAUUUUCUAGGAAGGCAACCUCUACUUGUGACAAGCUUUCAGGUGUAACACUUCCUUCCACCUCUAUUAUCUCCCUGGAGUCUGUCAGACACCUCAGGAGAAGGCAGGAUCCUCAGGGAGACUUUCUGCCCACAGGAGGGUGCUGAAGCAGAAACGGAGCUAAGAGAACGCCUCUCUCCUGACUCAGGACAGUCCCUUGCCUCUGAUGGGAUGCUCUGAUCCUGGUCCUGGAGAAGCAAGGAGAAACAGACAGGGUAAUUGGGUAUUGUUCAUUGACCUGGAACCCUUGAGGUCUGUUGCUGGAGUCACCUCAGGACAGCUCUCUGCUGUCAGUCACCAACAUCUUUCCGGGACGGGAUAGCCACUCAGCCUGAAGCUGCUUCUCCAAGGCACUUUCUCUCUGACUUGAUCUAUGAGACCUGCUUCAGUCUAGUUGAGCUCAUGCUGCCUAGAUUUGGGACCAGAGCCUGUUUGUGCUCUGUGAUGGUUUGUAGCCUGGUCUGCUUGCUAUAUUCUGCCCAGCUCUGCCUCCUGUAUCCAUAGGCCCUGAGAUUCUGGUACCUAUGGGCAAAAGGGCCAACUGAACCAGGCCUAGGCUGAUUCCAGCCCAGCUGCACCCAGCACUACCCAGUCACAGGAGUCCUGCUGGCGAGCUGUGAGCCUGGAGUGAGGCCCCAGAGAGGGAUCCUAAGGCAAUGUCCUGGUUCUUUUGAGUCUGUGGGCUGCAAAACUCUCAGGGCUCUGACCGGUCCAGGCCUGACCAGUCUUGAGCGGAUUCCUGCCCCCACCUGGUUACAGAAUCUCCUUGUGCUUCAGGAUUCGGUCAAGCAUUGGACCAAUCACGGAGUCACGUGAGCCUCCCUCUGGGAUCUGGCAUGAAGGAGAAAUGGAUUCUGGCUUUCCCGCUCUGGCUUUCCCUGACUUCUCCAGAAUCUAAGAAGUGUCCUGAGGCAUCUCUUGCUCUACCUCAGCCCAGAAUCCCUGAGGAUCCAUCCAGAAAUCCAACGACUUCAAGACCUAAAAACAUCAGGCCCCUCUCCCUGGACACAGACUUGACAGAAGUGGCCAGUUCAUCAGGUGAGCGAGAGGAUGCUGGCAGGGGGUAUGAGAAGCAUGCCCAGCCCCCUCCUGGCCUGCUGGCAGCCCAUCCUCCUGCUGGUACUGGGCUCAGUGCUGUCAGGCUCUGCUACAGGCUGCCCGCCCCGCUGCGAGUGCUCAGCGCAGGACCGAGCCGUGCUCUGCCACCGCAAACGCUUUGUGGCGGUGCCCGAGGGCAUCCCCACCGAGACUCGCCUGCUGGACCUGGGCAAAAACCGCAUCAAGACACUCAACCAGGACGAGUUUGCCAGCUUCCCACACCUGGAGGAGCUAGAACUCAAUGAAAACAUCGUGAGCGCCGUGGAGCCAGGCGCCUUCAACAACCUCUUCAACCUGAGGACUCUGGGGCUGCGCAGCAACCGCCUGAAGCUUAUCCCGCUGGGCGUCUUCACCGGCCUCAGCAACUUGACCAAGCUGGACAUCAGUGAGAACAAGAUCGUCAUCCUGCUAGACUACAUGUUCCAAGACCUAUACAACCUCAAGUCGCUGGAGGUCGGCGACAACGACCUCGUCUACAUCUCCCAUCGAGCCUUCAGCGGCCUCAACAGCCUGGAACAGCUGACGCUGGAGAAAUGCAAUCUGACCUCCAUCCCCACGGAGGCGCUCUCCCACCUGCACGGCCUCAUCGUCCUGCGGCUACGACAUCUCAACAUCAAUGCCAUCAGGGACUACUCCUUCAAGAGGCUGUACCGACUUAAGGUCUUAGAGAUCUCCCACUGGCCCUACCUGGACACCAUGACCCCCAACUGCCUCUACGGCCUCAACCUGACAUCCCUAUCCAUCACGCACUGCAACCUGACAGCCGUGCCCUAUCUGGCAGUGCGUCACCUGGUCUAUCUCCGUUUCCUCAACCUUUCCUACAACCCAAUCGGUACAAUCGAGGGCUCCAUGCUGCAUGAGCUGCUGCGGUUGCAGGAGAUCCAGCUGGUGGGCGGGCAGCUGGCCGUGGUGGAGCCCUAUGCCUUUCGUGGGCUCAACUACCUGCGUGUGCUCAAUGUCUCUGGCAACCAGCUGACCACCCUGGAGGAGUCAGCCUUCCAUUCGGUGGGCAACCUGGAGACGCUCAUCCUGGACUCCAACCCACUGGCCUGUGACUGCCGGCUGCUGUGGGUGUUCCGGCGCCGCUGGCGGCUCAACUUCAACAGGCAGCAGCCCACCUGCGCCACACCUGAGUUCGUCCAGGGCAAAGAGUUCAAGGACUUUCCGGAUGUACUCCUACCCAACUACUUCACCUGCCGCCGGGCCCACAUCCGGGACCGCAAGGCACAGCAGGUGUUUGUAGAUGAGGGCCACACGGUGCAGUUUGUAUGCCGGGCAGAUGGCGACCCUCCACCAGCUAUCCUUUGGCUCUCACCCCGCAAGCACUUGGUCUCGGCCAAGAGCAAUGGGCGGCUCACAGUCUUCCCUGAUGGCACGCUGGAGGUGCGCUACGCCCAGGUACAGGACAACGGCACGUACCUGUGCAUCGCAGCCAAUGCUGGCGGCAACGACUCCAUGCCCGCCCACUUGCAUGUGCGCAGCUACUCGCCUGACUGGCCCCAUCAACCCAACAAGACCUUCGCCUUCAUCUCCAACCAGCCAGGCGAGGGAGAGGCCAACAGCACCCGCGCCACUGUGCCUUUCCCCUUCGACAUCAAGACGCUCAUUAUCGCCACCACCAUGGGCUUCAUCUCCUUCCUGGGCGUUGUCCUAUUCUGCCUGGUGCUGCUGUUUCUAUGGAGCCGGGGCAAAGGCAACACAAAGCACAACAUCGAAAUUGAGUAUGUGCCCCGGAAAUCGGACGCAGGCAUCAGCUCAGCUGAUGCACCCCGCAAGUUCAACAUGAAGAUGAUAUGAGGACGGGGCAGGGUGGGGGCACAGGGACCCCCCACCCUCAGUGGAAACACUGGGCAGGGAAGGUGCCUGGCUGCUGCCUUCCCACCUCCUCCCUGCCCUCCUCACACACUCUCCCCCUCCCCACACUCGCCUCGCCCUCACCGCCUGCCCUCCUUCUACCAGGAUUUCAGAAGGCCAGGCCUGAGGACCCCACCUGCACAGGGGCCAGAGUUGACAAAGCCGACGAACCAACACGCGGCAGAGUCAAUAAUUCAAUUAAAAAAAAAGUUACAAACUUCCUCUGUAACUUGGGUUUCAAUAAUUAAUGGAUUUUUAUGAAAACUUGAAAUAAUAAAAAGAAAAAAACUAUUUCCUAUAGCUAGUCGGAAUGCAAACUUUUGACGUCCUGAUGGCUCCAGGGCCUUCUUCCAACUCAGUUUCUUGUUUUUCUCUUCCUCCUCCUCCUCUUCCUCCUCUCUCUUCUCUUCCCCUGUGGGGAGGGAUCACUCAGGAAAACAGGGAAGGAGAUUCCAGCCCCACCCUCUGGCCCACUCUGCUGGGCGCCAUUUGGAGCCAUGGGUGCCAGCUCAGCUCCAGGCCCAGCUCCAGCUGUUUUUUUGGCAGGAAGUAGGGGAGGGGAUAGGACUGCCCAGGGGGGAUGGGGUUUGUCUGCUGGAUGUCAGGCAGCACUACCAAGGAGAGGUGGGGGUCAGGCUCGGGUGUGGCUGAAACUGGGAUGGGCUGGGGUCCUCCUGGGGAACAGCACGGUCAGUGGAAAGAGUCAGGAGCCAGAGGCAGGCCGAUUCCUCUCCUCUGGUCCCAGCUCUGCUGCUCACUGUUGUGUGACCUCCUUGCAGGUCGCUGGCCCCUCUUGGGCCUCAGUCUCCACAUCUGUACAAAUGGGAACAUUUAUCCCUGCCCUGCCUACCUCACAGGGCUGUUGUGAGGAACUGAUGAGAUGAUGUAUGUGAAACACUUUGUAAUCUGUAAAGCGCUGUGCACAUGUGUGUGGGUGACUGCU